UGACCACUCCCUCCCGUGGUGCCAAGCCAAACCCUCAUUAUCUGACAGUCUGCCAUCAGAAUAAGCACCGAUAAGCUCACCAGCGCGACGGGAGCAUUCCUACCGCCGCUCUCGUUACAGUCACGCCUCAAUCGGAGUAAACUGUUUAUAUAUACUUCUGUUUCUAAAUACUACUUUAAUGAUGGACGCGGCAGGGGAGAGCAGGAGAGCACGGCGCAGAACAAUUAGCGACAGUAUAGGAACCCGUGAUCGCUUGGUCGAUUGCUGACUUCCGGAGUAAAACUCGAUUCGAUGUCAACCGCAUCUUGAAGAGAGAAAAAAGUUGUGCGGUGUUUCUGCGGGAUGAAAAUGGAUUCUUAGGGAAGAGUUCUUAUUGCUGCGUUUUGGAUUAUUAGAAGGAUGCAUAGCUCUAGAAAUAUGUUUCCUGCUGUUAUUCUGCUGAUGGCCACUGGUCUGUCUGCAGGGGAGGUAGGCAAAGAGGGACAACUGAUCAAGGCCAUGAUGUCGAAUUACGAUGUUAUGAUCCGCCCCACAAAUUUCACUAAUCCCGUAGUUGUUGUGGCUCUCGGACUGGCAAUGACAGAAAUAGCCGAAUUGCACGAGAAGGGCCAGAUUUUUGAAUCAGGUGCAUUUCUCCGCCAUCUUUGGGCGGAUUACAGACUGGCAUGGGACCCUUCGAAAUACGGCGGAAUAAUGACAGUCCACAUACCGGCGACCAACAUCUGGAAACCGGAUGUAGUCCUUAUCAAUAGUGCAGAUACUGUUAUAGUGAAAGAGGAGCCUCUCGCCAUUGUCUUUCAUACUGGUGCCGUAUUCUACAGCCCAAAGAUGCGGCUCCGGGCACCUUGUAAUCUGGAUCUAACCAAAUUUCCAUUUGAUGAACAAAUAUGUAAAUUAACAUUUGGGUCAUGGACCUAUGACAAUUCCAAUAUUAAUCUCACGCACUUUGCCCACGGUGUAAACGGACUGGAUAUAGAAGAUCUGAGGUUCAACAGCGAGUGGAAACUAACAGAAUCAUUGGCGACACGGACAGACAAACAGUUCGAGUACGCCAGUAACAAGUUUCCUCUGAUUGAAUACUCGUUCCGAUUACAGCGGAACCCUACGUAUUACCGCCAUGUUUUUAUUCUCCCAGCUGUUCUGUUGGCGAUCCUUGUUCCGUUUCAGUUCCUUCUGCCUCCGGAUUCCAAGGAACGAAUGACACUAGGCGCUACACUUAUGCUGGGAAUUAUUCUCCUGUUGAUGAUGCUGCAAGAAUUCCUGCCGGAGGCUCACCCAACCCUACCCACGUUAGCUAGUUAUUACAGCGUGACCUUGGUAUGGAUAGCCUUGUCAAUGCUGGCCUCUAUAUGGGUCAUAAACACACAGUCACGUGGUCCCAGAGGCAGACGAGUACCAGAUCUGUUGCGACAAUGCUUCUUACGAGGACUUAGACGACUAGUCUGCCUUGGUGACGAUAGUUACUUCCCUUUAAAUGAUAUAGACACUCUUACAAUGAAAGCCCUGGAUAUUCCCCAUGUAGAGCCCAUUGUUAAAUCAGAUGUUACUGGUAAUCAAAGUAAGCUGGAGAAGGACGUGGAGGAAAUAUUACGUCACUUGCAGAUGAUGAUCAUUUGUACAAAAGCUACGCAAGUGCAACAGGAAGUACAAAAUGAGUGGCGGCAGGUGGCACUCAUUCUGGACAGAAUUUUGUGUUUCCUAUUCGGGGCCACAUUCCUUUUAUAUACUUUUGUUUUACUUGCUUAGUUGUUUUUAUAAUGGAGAAAUUACUUGAUAAUCAUUUGUAUUGACAAUCAUGAGUGUUCAAUAAAGAGUAUACCAGGGUUAAAAAAAAAAAAAAUGUCUCUGCGACGUCAUUCACAGUAUCUUCACGAAUCUGUGGGACUGCACACUUGAUAUGCAUGUUGUGUUACUAAAUUUCAGGUACUACAUGACCAAGAAACAAAAUUAAUCAAACUUGUGUGAAGUGAUCAAAUGACAAUGUUACACUGAAAUGUAUAAUACGGACAUCUAACAAAGUCGUUGAUCUGUGAUAAAGCUUGUUCUAGCGACCAUGUAGAAUUGGCUGUAUUUCCUUUAUGAAGAAUAAUACAAAAUUUAAAAGCUUA